CACACCGCCCCGCGCGCUGGAAAGGCACUCAGAACUGGUGGUUAAGCAGACGCGACUCGGCUGUCAGUGAGCGUUUAGUGGAGCCAUCGGGACUAGAGCUUUUUCUUUUUCACAACGGUGCUUUGUAUUUUUACCUUUUCAUUUUUUUAAAGUUAGUUUUUAUUUUUUGUUGGUCUAUAAAAUUUUAGCAUGGCUGUUACGGAGGCUCCGUGUGACUUAUCCUAUUGCAAGAUGAGGGGAAUUGUAUCUGUUCUCACUGCUUUCAUCAAGGAGAGGAAAAUUGGACUUAACGACUUUAUAUCCAGGCUGGUGUCAAAUCCAAAUAUUUGUCAACACUCUGAAGUUGACUUCCUCCAGAUCGAUGAGAACCAGAAUGAAGAGCUGGAUGAUGAUGAACUCCUAAAUCCGAUGUUCCGGACCUCUCCAAGAAGUUCACUAGCUGAGGAACUGGCAGUCAAACCGUGUCAUUUUGACUACCUGAAAAUCAUUGGCAAAGGAAGUUUUGGAAAGGUUCUGCUGGCUCGGCACCGGGAGACCAACAAAUACUACGCUGUCAAGGUUUUACAGAAGAAGAUCAUACUGAAGAAGAAAGAGCAAAAACAUAUCAUGGCGGAGCGAAGUGUGCUGAUGAAGAACAUCAAACAUCCAUUCCUCGUGGGGCUGCAUUAUUCCUUCCAGACCACCGACAAGCUUUACUUUGUGCUUGACUAUGUCAAUGGAGGGGAACUUUUCUACCACCUCCAGAGAGAGAGAGUGUUUCUAGAACCCAGGGCCAGGUUCUACGCAGCGGAGAUUGCCAGCGCCCUGGGAUACCUCCACUCUCUUCAUAUCGUUUAUAGAGAUCUGAAGCCUGAAAAUAUCCUUCUGGACUCAGCGGGCCACAUCGUCCUGACUGACUUUGGGCUGUGCAAAGAGGGCCUGACGCCCACGGGUACCACCACGACCUUCUGUGGAACCCCGGAGUACCUGGCCCCCGAGGUGCUGCAGAAGCAGGCAUACGACCGCACGGUGGACUGGUGGUGCCUGGGGUCGGUUCUCUACGAGAUGCUGUAUGGCCUGCCCCCCUUUUACAGUCGCAACACAGCUGAGAUGUACAACAACAUUCUGAACAAGCCUCUGAUACUGAAGCCCAACGUUUCCAACGCCGGCAGGGAACUGUUGGAGGGGCUCCUGCAAAAGGAUUGCACCAAGAGGCUGGGAGUGAAAGACGAUUUUAUGGAGCUGAAGUGCCACGCCUUCUUUUCUCCCAUCAACUGGGAUGACCUAAUGGCCAGGAAGGUCACGCCCCCGUACGUUCCAUCAGUGACUGGGCCCACAGACCUCAGACACUUUGACCCAGAGUUCACGCACCUCCCUGUGACCUCGUCCCUGUGCAACACAGACGGCUUGAUGGUGACCAGUAGCAUCAGAGAGGCCGCUGGAGCUUUCCCAGGCUUCUCUUAUGGACCAGCUGACGGCUUCCUGUGAAGGGGCCCUCCGUCCACCUCGAUCCUCAACCGGCCACGGACGAGAGGGAGAACAGGAACAGACGAAGACGCAGAGACACAUCGCUCCGGACAGACAGGGACCGCGCGCCGUCAAUGAGACCCCCUAGGACGUUCGCAUGGCCCGUAGGGCUCCAGACCUGCCUUAGAGGGUCUGUCUCUCGGGGUCAUGUGGGGUUCUUGCAUGUGGGCUGUAGAUUGCAUGCGGGUCUCCAAUCUUCCACCCCCCUCGACAACCCCACCCACCCCGAAACCGAUGCAAAGUGUGCCGUUGGCGGUGAAACUGACAUUUUGUACCAAGGAAAGGACUUUUCUCUGGAACCGUGGUGGACAACAACGGCUUCUGGGAUAACAGUGAAGUGCCUAACGGCCGGGACACUGGUGAACUGUGCCAGACCGGCCCGGAGAGGCGCCAAACGCUGCUGCAUCGCGCACAGAGUGGCUGCCCUGUCUGUUUGGACUGAGGCGCUGGCCACACAGGGCCACGGCUUCCUGAUCUUUCUGCGUACGAUUAAGAUUUACACGUCUGUUCCUGUUUCAUGUUAAUCCUCGACUGUACCGGAUUGCAUAGCUUAUUUAAUCCUCUGAUCGGUCUCUUGGUCAGCUGUUCACGCUGAAAUAUCAUGUCUCAAAUACGUAGGAAAAUGUCAGACUCGUCUAGAAUGGCCCGAAUAUGUGACUGGUACCGUUUGCACCACAUUCUGGUAGCCAAUUAUUCCGACGUACGCACAAUGUUGGCACAAAAGAAUGGCAAUUUCUAAAAACAUACAUAGAAUAUUUUAUGUUGCAAUUAAUCUGCAUUGUCACGUCAUGGUUUAUUAAGGUAGUCUUCACCUGACCAAACAGUUCAUUGGUUUACUGCUAUACUGUAUGUCAGUUUAAGCUUUUUUACAAAUUUUACAAAAUAAUUUUACAAGAGUACAGUUCUUCCGUCAAAAUACAUUGUUCUCUUGCAUCUUUGACAAAUUCUUACAACAAUAUAUUAGCAAGCGAUCAACGUUUUAAACUAUAUGUCUAAAAAGAAAUGUAUGCUCCUAUGUGGAAAAAAAGUAUGUCUUAUUUUUUUACUUUUGUCUUUCUUCUAAUACCUGCACUUUAACACAUUGACCUGCCCUUCGCUCAUGACACUGUCAGCAAUUGUUAGUAGACAUAUUCAUAUAUUUUUUAUCAUGAAUACAGAAAAGGGGGUAUUCAGUUUGACCAGCAAUAAUGGGUCAUCUACAGUAAUAGCACAUAUAUCAAUUUUUUUUUACUAUUGCUAGUAAAAUAGAUUGCUGUUUUGCUGGCAAAACGCUCUACAGGAUACAUUGCAUUGUUAUGUCCAUUUGUAUUGUGUACAGAAACCCUCCUAAAUUGUUAGGAAGGAACUGUACAUUUCUUUGAUUUUGUACAGUUGUGCCUGUGUGUCCCGGCCAUGUUAGAACAGCCAUUUUAGAACAGCCAUGUUAGAACGGCCAUGUUAGAACGGCCAUGUUAGAACGGCCUGAUCCACAUGUGUCCAUGUGUUUCCUCCCUAUUGUCCUCAUGAUCUUGACGAUGACAAAGGUUGUGCAGUUGCAAUGACCACAGCUUAGACUGAAAGUUCCCUUUGACAGUGCUAUGGCCAUUCAUUUAAUAAUGGUACAGAAUAGUGCAAUAACACUGAAGGCUUGGCAUGAUAUCGUCUUAUUUCAUGUUUUGUUUUUAAUUAGUCUUUAUGCUAUGAGAAAUUAUCCUAUAAACUUAUUGAGAUUCAGGGAGGACGAAAGUGUUCACCAGGUGCCAAUAGUAAAAAAAAAAAAUAUAUAUAUAAACAUUUUUCACUGAUUAGAUUUUAUUUGGCCUUAAACAAUAAGUAUGAUAACAUUGUAAUGGCUCAGAAAAAAAAAUUCUUAGAGGAAAAUCCCCUAAGAUAUACAUUUCAGAAAAAUAAAUGUCAUAUUUUGUAAGUUGAUAAAGGACUAACACUUCAUGUGAUUGGUCACGUGACCUUUCUUGAUCCUGCCGAGUCUGAAAAUGUUGCCCUAAACAGACAUGUUGACUCCACAAUGAGUGUCCACAAACCAUUCCAUGGUACCUCUUUCUUAUUGUAGAAAAUGACAAACAAACACAACGUAAUAAAGAUUUUCUUCCAUAUUUGGAAGCUUUACGUA